UUGACAUAAGUAUGAAUUAUGACUUUUAUCUGACACGUACAAGCCGAUAUUAUUUUAUAAAGUGAAAUACUUUAAAAUACACCUUCGACAAUCUACACAGUGUUUAUGGAUGUGAAACAUAGUUUUUCAGCUCUUUAACUACAAAUAGUGUGAUAGUGGAAUUCUUCAAUUGUACGUGUUUUUUAAAGUAAUCUGAAAAUGACUACCAUGGAACAGCCUUGUUACACACUCAUCAAUUUUCCGACAGAUUCUGAACCAUAUAAUGAAAUGCAACUCAAAACGGAUUUAGAGAAGGGCGAUGUGAAAGUCAAAAUACGAGCCUUAGAAAGAACCAUUCACAUGAUUUUGGCAGGAGAACGCCUGCCGAACGGUUUCUUAAUGACGAUUAUCAGGUAUGUUCUGCCGAUUCAGGAUCAUUUGGCCAAAAAGCUGUUGUUAAUUUUUUGGGAAAUUGUGCCAAAGACCUCACCUGACGGAAAACUGCUACAGGAAAUGAUUCUCGUUUGUGAUGCAUAUCGGAAAGACUUACAACAUCCCAAUGAAUUCCUCAGGGGGUCAACGCUGAGGUUUCUUUGCAAACUUAAGGAGCCUGAGUUGUUGGAGCCUCUGAUGCCAAGCAUCCGGAAAUGUUUGGAGCACAAACACAGUUAUGUGAGGAGAAAUGCUGUUUUAGCCAUAUUCACCAUUUAUCGCAAUUUUGAAUUUCUUAUACCUGAUGCUCCUGAGCUGAUUUCCAACUAUCUCGAUGGAGAACAAGACAUGUCAUGCAAACGCAAUGCUUUUCUCAUGCUUCUACAUGCAGAUCAGGAGAGGGCUUUGUCGUAUUUAGCGUCUUGCCUGGACCAAGUUACUUCGUUCGGUGACAUCUUACAGUUGGUAAUUGUGGAGUUAAUAUACAAAGUCUGUCACACAAAUCCCUCAGAACGUUCCCGAUUCAUCAGAUGCAUUUAUAACUUGCUGAAUUCCAGUAGUCCUGCGGUUCGUUACGAAGCCGCAGGGACUCUGGUAACUCUAUCCAGUGCCCCAACGGCCAUCAAAGCUGCCGCCAGCUGUUACAUCGAACUCAUCAUCAAAGAAAGUGAUAACAACGUGAAACUCAUUGUUCUGGACAGACUGAUUGCGUUGAAAGAUCACCCCAGUCACGAGCGAGUCUUGCAAGACCUCGUUAUGGACAUAUUAAGGGUUCUCUCAGCCCCGGAUUUGGAGGUACGCAAGAAGACUCUUAGUUUAGCCAUGGAGUUGAUUUCGUCACGUAAUAUUGAAGAGAUGGUACUGAUUUUAAAGAAAGAGGUCUCUAAAACGCUUGACAGUGAACACGAAGACACAGGAAAGUACCGUCAGUUAUUAGUUCGCACUUUGCAUUCCUGCUGUAUCAAAUUUCCAGAUGUGGCCGUUACCGUAAUUCCAGUGUUGAUGGAGUUUUUGUCCGACAGUAAUGAAUUGGCAGCCACUGACGUACUUGUGUUUGUGAGAGAGGCCGUACAGAAGUUUGAGAAUUUGCAGCCUCUAGUUAUAGAGAAAUUAUUGGAAACUUUCAAGGAUAUCAAAUCUGUAAAGGUUCACCGUGCAGCCCUUUGGAUAUUGGGAGAAUAUGCUACCUCUGUUAGUGAUAUAGAGAUGGUAAUCAAGCAAAUUAAUCAAACUUUGGGUGAUUGCCCCCUCUUGGAAGCGGAGCAGAGACUCGUUUCUGGAGAUGCAGAGGAAAAUAUUUCAAACAUAAGUAGUACCACUACAACGUUGGUUACAUCUGAUGGAACUUACGCUACCCAGUCAUCUUUCAAUACAGUUCACAAAUCAAGUAAAGAAAAGAGGCCUCCACUUCGUCAAUAUUUAAUGGACGGCGAUUUCUUUAUUGGAGCCUCGCUCGCUUCCACAUUGACAAAAUUAGCUUUGCGCUACGGAAAUCUCACUUCUCCCUCACAAAGGAAUAGAUUUGACACUGAAGUCAUGUUGAUCAUGGCAGGAAUUGUUCAUUUGGGAAAAUCAGGCUUGCCAACGAAACCGAUCACGAAUGACGAUAAGGAUCACAUCCUGUUCUGUCUGAGGGUUCUCUCCGAUCGUACUUCCGCCAUCAUUCAGAUAUUCACAGAGCGCUGCCGGCUCGCUCUCAAUGACAUGCUUGUCGCCAAAGAAGCAGAAGAGGCGUCGACUCUGAAGACGAAAGAGAAAUCCGGCAAUACGAUCCAAACAGAUGACCCGAUUAGCUUCCUCCAGCUGGAGGCCGACAAGAAUGGAGAACUUGGCGAAAACGUAUUUGAGACCUCGCUGUCGCAAGCCCUCGUCGGUGGAAGAGGCAGCGCGGCAGAUUCUGCCACAGGAACAAAUAAGUUGAACAAGAUAACGCAGUUGACAGGUUUUUCGGAUCCCGUUUAUUCAGAAGCUUAUGUCCACGUCAACCAGUACGAUAUUGUGCUGGACGUUUUGAUCGUCAAUCAAACUAAUGAUACUCUGCAAAAUUGUACUUUGGAGCUGGCGACGUUGGGAGAUCUGAAACUUGUCGAAAAACCUCAGCCAGUAGUUCUUGCUCCCAAAGACUUCUGUAACAUCAAAGCCCACGUAAAGGUUGCUUCCACUGAAAACGGAAUCAUCUUUGGAAACAUCGUUUAUGACGUGACGGGCGCGGCCUCAGACAGGAACGUAGUCGUCCUCAAUGACAUCCACAUCGACAUCAUGGACUAUAUUGUUCCAGCGUCUUGUACCGAUUCAGAAUUUAUGAGGAUGUGGGCUGAAUUCGAAUGGGAAAAUAAGGUGACUGUCAACACACCUCUGACGGACCUUGCCGACUAUUUGGAGCACCUCAUUAAGAGCACCAACAUGAAAUGCUUGACGCCAGAAAAGGCGCUCAGCGGUCAGUGUGGUUUCAUGGCAGCCAAUAUGUACGCUAAAUCCAUAUUUGGAGAAGACGCUUUGGCCAAUUUGAGUAUAGAGAAACCGUUUAACAAACCAGAAGCACCUGUAGCUGGACACAUCAGAAUCAGGGCUAAGAGUCAGGGCAUGGCCUUGAGCUUAGGAGACAAAAUAAAUAUGACUCAAAAAGGCAUACCAAGUAAGAUUGUUGCAUCUUGAUUUGUAUGUCAACUAUAUUUGUUAUUUCGCCAUUUCAUUUUAUAAUCAUGUCUAAUAUUAAUAUCUACAUAGAUUCUGAAUAAAAAGUAUCAAAUAAUU